AUGAUCAAAUGGCUCCAGGAAAGGGAGGUUACUUCGUCUCCUUCUGCCUCAUCUCUGGACUUAACUUGUGGGCUGAAAGCUUAUCACCUGCGUCAGAUACUGCCUCAGAGUGCAGCGGAUGAUAUAUUUCUCGGUUUCUCAGCAGAUGGCUGCUUUUUGAUAUCAUACAAAAGUGAUUUUAAGCACUAUGUGCUUCGAUUUUGGCUUUUCCCACCAAGUUGUGUGGAGCAAUCUGGAAUAUUACUCACCUUGUUUGCUGAAAGAAAAUUUUUGAGAACUGGCUACUGUUUGAGUAUUCUCAGCAUUCCCUGUAUUAGGUUUGUACAGUCACUAUCAAGUUCCAGUUCCUUUUUACUAAUUGCAUGCAACAAUGAUGGCACUGGAUUCGUUGCUGCAUUUGGUCUCAUGCCCGAUUUGGAUUGCAAUCUAUGUAUAGAAGCAUCGUCUUGUCAAAGUCCUUCAUCUCCUAAAACUACCUGCAGUAUUCAUUCACAUGUGUUAUCUCUUAAUAUUGACAUAUCUGUUGCUCAGACAUUUUCACUUGAUAGUGAUAUGGCGUUUUGUCAUGUUUUACAUCGGAACACUCUUCAUUUUGUACCACCCUGCUUCCGUUCAUUCGAUGGAGGUUAUUAUUCCAAUAACGAGUACAUUUGUGAAGGUUCUUGUUUUACUUCAACUGGCCUGCCGAUUGGUAUGAUUCAAGUAGGCGUUUCCUCAAGUACUGGGCAUUUACGAAUUGCUUGGGCCAAUCCAGACGCACAAGUUAAAGUUAUAUCUUGUUCAUUUAAUGCGUCCCCGACUUAUCCCAGUGAUUCCUCUUUUUGUUUACUACCCAAGGGUAUGUCUGCAACAUUAGGAAUUAGCCCUCGUACACUAAUUUACAAACCACCUCUUCUUACUCAUAACUAUUGUUCAACGUGCUAUUCAUGGCCAGAAGAAGAUAAACAUUGUUGCAAGGAACAAAAUUCUUCAUGUACUUCAGACUCUGCAGCGUGCAUUUUUUCACAAGAUACCUUGAAUGUAUUCUUGGUCAGUGAUUCUGUAGCAUGGCCGGAUAACCAUUCAGAUUCGCUUCCAGAAGGUGCUGAAAGGGUAUACCAUCAAUGUUCACAAAGCAAUGCCACUGGUGGUAAUCAGUCGAAAAAUAGAAUAUCUCCAGAUAUAUGGGUUCCAUCAUUGUUAUCAGAAAGACCAUGCUUUGUAUCAUGUAUCCAGCCAACAUAUCUUGCGAUGCUGCAAGAUAUUCGCGCAUCUUAUUUACACUGGGCAUUGAUAUCACGUAAUACUGGUAAAAUAGAUAAUACAAUAGCUAACUUGACAAAUACUGUACAUCCUAUUAAUCAAAUUGAUUCACCAAUAGAUUAUACUGGUGAAUGGAAUGGAAAUAACUCUUCACCAUCUUCACAUAACACUUCAGAUGAUGAAACUGAAGCUACAUUAACUAGUCUAGAUAGUAGAGAUUCUAAUUCAUCUCCUGAAGAUUUACUUGUUCAUCGACUUUCUGGUCAAUGUCAUACUUCAUUUGAUCUUACAGGAUGGGAAGAAUAUAUAUCACCCAAUGUACAAACUGUUGUUAUAGGCGGUGAUGUAAGUUCAAAUUCCAAUAAAACAAAUGAAAAAAUACAUCAACAUGUAAUUGUGCAUUUGGAGGAGGUUGUUUUCGAUAUACCGGUCAAUAGUAUGCCUAAUGAAAAUAAAUGUACGUAUUCAUCUCCUAUACUGGCUCUUUUCAUUCCAUCUGAUGAACCUGAUUUACUUUUUGUAUAUCAUAUAAAACCAGAUCAUAGUUCAUUGAAUUCAUCAAGUGUAUACAAAACAUCUGAUGAAAGUAGUACAGCUAAUCUUAUUCGUAUUUUAGAUUUGACAACUGGUAAUUCACUUCCUAUACCUUGUAAAAAUCAAUCAAUUUAUAAUCAAACAUCAACUAAUAGAAUUUCUUCAUCAUUACUCAAGAAGUUGACAUCUCAUUGCCCUCAAAAUACUAAAAUUUUAUCAUCUCAAUGUAAUAAGCGAUUAAUUCAUGAAUUGAAUAAUUGUUUUAUGGUUGGAAGAUUAGAAAGUUUAAAGGUGCGUCAUUUAAUAAUAAAUCGAUUAGCACGUUCAAAUCUACCUCAAUUCGUUUUAACUACUUAUGAAGGUGGUCAAUGGUCUUUGGUUCAGUUACAUAGUAAUGAUUCAAUCCAAAUAACUCCUUCAAGAUGUACUGUGUUGUCUAGUGGGUCACAAAACUGUGUUGUUGACAUCGAUUCCAGUGGUUCAAAGCUGUCGACAGACAUCAAUUCAGCAGAAUUAAGAGUAUCUACAUCAACUAAUUUUAUUUCAUCAAUCGAAUUCAACAUAGAUCCGUAUACAACAGCUUACUUUUCUAAUUCCUGUGUUCAAUUUAAGUUGACAGCGAAAACUUCAAACAAACAUUGGUAUUGUCCAUUUUGCACAGCCGCCUAUAGCAUCACCAGUGGUAACUAUGCAAAUAUUCUAGAACGACAUAUGCGUUUACAUGUUGAACUACGUUGUUGUGUGGAUUGUUCAACAUUAUUACCGAAUAACACCUUUUCAAUCGAUUGUCAAUCGACAUAUUCUCAUAAAUGUAAUGAGUUGAUCAGUUCUCAAGUGAAAGACGAUAUUCUACAAACUUCAUUUAAUAAUAAUAACCCAGUUUAUUUACCAUACAAAAUAGUGGAUCUACCUAUACCCGGUUUUAAAUUAUCUUCUGUGUCGAACACUUCUGUUUCAAACUUGAUUUCUAUCAAAGAUUGUACUAAUCAUGAAGCCGACGGUAGUGAUGAAUUCCGAACGCUGGACUGUGAUAAUAAAACUCAACUUGAAAAGUGUGAAACUCUUUUAAAUCCUACUUCUACAAAUUCAUCCUCAACUUAUGUUAGUACCGGGAAUAGGCAGCGUGUCUGUACAAAGUGUAAAGUUCACUUCAAAACACCAGCUCAAUAUCAACAACAUUUAAAGAAUGUUCAUCGAGGCAAAAAAUUCAUUUGUCAAGAUUGUAAUUCAUUGUUCAGUACAAAAGGAAAUUUAACAACACAUUUUAAUCAAGUUCAUAAUCAUAAUGCUAGUUUAACAUGUCCUAUAUGCAAUAAAAAUCUUAGUAAUAGGUUUAAUUUGGAUCGACAUAUACAUUCAGUUCACGCAAGUAAUAAGGCUUCAUCAUGUUCAUUACCUUCAAAUGAAAAAAAUCCCUCUUUCUUUGAUGCGUCUUGUUUAGAUGAAAAUGAAUCAAGUGAAGAUCCAUGCCAAGCUAAUACCAUCCUUGUUUCAACUCCUGAUACAGUUGUUUCACGUGGAUAUUAUCUUUAUUUAUCCAAUUCAAAAAGUUAUCAAUCAGUCAACACAACUGUAUUGUCAGAGAAUAUGGAUCCUUCAGCGGAAACACAGUCUGUAUUACAAUCGAAUCCUUCAACUGUUGAUUCAAAAUCUGUUUCGCUAGUAGCAGAGAUCAAUUUAAUGCCAUGUCUUCCAUCGAAUCCUGAUGCUCAACUAGGUGUCGGUGGUAAAGCUUGGAAACAAAAUAUAAAUAUUUUAAAGCCCUCAACACUGUGA